AUGCCGACUCCCAGGAAAUCCGGCUCCAGGCAGCAGAUUGUCAAGACUCUACUUCCGUCAACCGAUGUUCCGGAGAGCUAUAUUGAUGCGUUUGAUGCGCUGGUUGAGAAAGCCGGUGUUACGGGGGGUGCCGGCGCGGGCGUCGGGGUUGAUGAAGCAAGGAGCCUACUAGGGAGUACGCAUCUGAGCCCUUCGGAGCAGACGGGGAUCUUGAACUUGGUGACGAACAAUGGAGCCCAGCAGAGCUUGGAGAGGAACGAGUUCAAUGUCCUGCUGGCCCUUGUGGGACUGGCGCAGGAGGGCGAGGAUGUUACGUUUGAUAGUGUUGACGAGCGCAGGAAGAGAUUGCCGGAACCCAACGUCCCUUACAUCACCCGUCUGCAGGCUGGAAAUGCGGGAAAUGGACCUACUCCUCCUCAACCUGCCGAAGAACCUGCCGUUCAAAUCCCACAGGCGCGCCGCAGGUUACGACAGGAUUCUUUUGGACCGGAAGCAGAUCCAUGGGGGAGCCCGGUAUCCCGUCAGCUAAUUCAUCGUCCAGCGCAGAGUGUGACAAAUGGGUUCUCUGCCGCCCAUGAAGGCCCUGCGCCUGAGACAGUGUCUAAGCCCAAUGUCCCGACUGAACCCCGGAAUUUUGGAGGCACAAGAUCUAACGAGACGGCCAGCGGUGCUCCCGCGAGCGUCGGGUCUGGAUGGGGAGGCGGUGGAUUUGGAAACUCCUCGUCGGCAAGCGGCUUUGGGAAUUAUGAUCAGGGCGCACUGGGUAAUGGAUUCGGUCAAACUGACAACGGACAAGGUAACGCCAGUCGCAACGAUCUUUCACGAUCGUUGGGUGGUGGCCAGGUAAACAGCUCGGGAAUGGAGGAUGUAAUUGCCAUCCAAAUGCUUCCUGAGAAGGAGGGCAUGUUCCUCUUCCAGCACCGCAACUAUGAGGUGAAAUCUGCUCGCAAGGCCACCUCCGUGAUUCGACGAUAUAGCGAUUUCGUUUGGCUAGUGGACUGCCUGCAGAAGAAGUUUCCCUUCCGGCAGAUCCCUCUACUCCCUCCAAAGAGGGUUGCAGCGGAUUCAAACUCCUUUUUGGACAAACGUCGCAGGGGCCUCGUCCGCUUCGCGAAUGCCCUCGUCCGUCACCCAGUCUUGAACCAGGAACAGCUGGUUGUGAUGUUCUUUACCGUUCCCACUGAAUUGGCUGUCUGGAGAAAGCAAGCCUCCAUCUCCGUACAGGAGGAGUUUACAGAUAAGCCAUUGCCUCCAGAUUUGGAGGACUCACUUCCAUCUAACCUGACGGAUACCUUCGACACCGUCCGCUCUGGUGUCCGCCGAUCUGCUGAAAUCCACAUAAACCUGUGUCUCUUGAUGGACCGGCUCGUAAAGCGCCACCAGGGUCUGGCUGCAGAGCAGUUCCGAGUCUCGCGGGCGCUCCAUGCACUUACUGAAAGCACAAUGGAUACAUAUGCCGCCGACACGGGUGAUGUUCCUCUAUUAAACAACGGCAUCAAUGCGACUGCCAAUCAUCUCCAAACAAGUCAAGGUUUGUUGGAAGAUGAAGCGAAGGCCUGGGAUCUCGGUGUCCUUGAGGAUCUAAAAGCCCAACGAGACUGUCUGGUUGCCAUGCGGGACGUAUUUGAUCGACGAGAUCGCUAUGCAAAGGAUAACAUUCCCCAGCUUGAACGACGAAUUGAGUCCAACGAGAAGAAACUACAGGCCAUUCGUGCAAAGCCUGAAGAGGCCGUUAAACCUGGAGAAGCCAAGAAGGUCGAGGAUGCUAUUAUCAAGGACAAGGAAUCCAUCGUCCAGCAGCAUGCUCGUGGUGUGUUUAUCAAGGAAUGCAUCCGCGACGAGAUCCUCAUCUUCCAGAAGAGCCAGUACCGUAUUAGCCUGCUGCACCAGGACUGGAGCCAAGAGAGGGUCAAGUACGCAGAACUGCAAGCUGACAACUGGCGUGCUCUAACCGAUGUCGUUGAGGGCAUGCCUACUGCCGACUAA